AUGUCUUUUUAUUUAAGAAGAGUUGGAACAUUCAUUGCAAGUAACGAUAUCCCACUCGGAUACCAAACCCCUAAAUUUCCUUCAUUAUAUUGGCCAGUUGGUAAUGAACGAUAUAGCUUGGCCUAUCUUUAUAACGUGAGUGAUAUAUGGAAAUUCACGUUAUACUGGUGUUUAAUAUUAAAUGGGAUAUUCUAUUUAGGUGCAGCCACAUGGGCAAUAAUAUCACAGAAGAAUCAAAAUUAUAGAAGAAAUAACUACUUGUAUAAUAUUUGCUCAAAAAAUAUACAUAUCUCAGCAACAUACACUAAUAAAAAACGCAACAACAACGGUAGCAACAAUGAAAGGAGCAGUACGUCUACUAAUCAUCAUAACGAUAAGAGAAACAAGAAGAAUAGUAACAGCGCUAAUAGCAGUAACAACAACGGAAUAAAGCUACCUAUUAUAAUAUUGACAGCUUAUAUGGUAUAUGCAGGAAUCCGAGGAUUUGUAGUCGGAACAGUGAUGGGAUUCCUUAUAGGAGCCAUCUAUAGAGCUGGUUUAUUUGCCAUGUCCACUUGGAUUCCACUAUGUUGUGCUGUAGCUACCGUAUUAUAUGAUGUGGUAAUGUCGUUCUUAGACGUUGGAAAGAUUAUAUAA